AUAGUUUUUAUUACAAGAACAUCGUUGUAAGUGAUAAGGUGUUAUUGCGACUACUACUACUACUACUACUACUACUACUACUACUACUACUACUACUACUACUACUACUACAUCUAUUGUGCAAACAUUACAAAGCAACUAUAGCUAUAGCUGCCGAAAUUUCAAAAGGAAUAAAAAAAAAAAAACAACAAUGUUCACACAGACAUAGGAGAAGAAUACAAGUUCUCAUCGUCACUGUUAACGGAAUAAAAUACCUGAAUGGGAUACGCAAUAUAUUUAUAUACACUCUGUGAAAAUGUUCAACUAGUAUCAGAGAAUCUUUGGUACAAGGGUGUGGAAAGAGUUUAGAUGAUGUUAUAGUUUACGAACUAUAGCGUAUUUUUUAAUGCCUGGUUCUUUUUCACCGUCUUCUUCUUCUUCUUCUUCUUCUUCUUCUUCUUCUUCUUCCUCUUCUUCUUCUUCUUCUCCACCUCCUCCCUCUUCCCGGCCUCCUCAGCUUCCUCCUUCUCCUCCUCCUCCUCUUCUCUUUUGUUUUCUUCAUCUCAUUGUCUUCUCCCCUUCAUCUUUUUCGUCUUCUCCUUCCCUCCCCUCCUCCUUCUUUUCCUCCUUUCUUCCUUCUACUCCUGGUCCCCCCUCCUCCUCCUCCUCCUCCUCCUCCCACUUUAGAUUUCUUCCCUCUUAUAAUAAACCCCACAACAUCGUUAAAUAUAAAGAUCCGAUGACAGUCAAAACAAAUCUUCGGUUGACUUUUAUUUGUUUUUAUCUCUGCACGUUUAUGUCUCUACAAUUUAUUUACAGUGAUAUAAAUGUGUGUGUGUGUGUGUAUUGUGUGUGAAUCUUUGAUAAUGCAUCAGUAUACGAAGAUGUAAAUUCGUGAGACUAUUUACAUAUACGUAUACAUACCUAUACAUAUAUAUAUAUAUAUAUCACACGCACACAUACACACAUAUACAUGUACAUGCACAUAUAUGUAUAAUAAUAAGCGUGUUUAUAUUCCUAUGCAUGUAUUGAGUUGACGGAAAUAACAAAAUGAAAUACGCAUGAUCAAUUAUUUACCACGGAACGUACUUAGUGUGAUAAACAUUAUUAUAACCAUAUCAUACAUCGCUGUGAAAACUAUUCUAACAGGAUAACAAUCAUGGCUAACUUACCAGGGAGCCACCAUGGAAUACAAGUUACUUUAUGCAUAGGAUUAUUGGUCUUAACAGACAUGAUCCAUGCAGCGCUUCUGUGUUCACGAUGUGAUUCCAGAGGAGACAGAUACUACGGUGAAUGCGAACAGUCACCUCCUACUCCCUCGCCAUGUCCUGAAAAUAAUGCUAAUUUCUGUUCCAUAGUCAGAGAAACAAACGAUAAUGGUAUCCAGAUUUUAUUUACGCGAGGCUGUGCAACUUUUUUCCAAGACGAAAAAUGCAUAAUAAGGAACGUAACGAGAGGUCGACAGAAAAAUGUAUGUUUCCGUACAUGUGCCACAGACGGAUGCAAUGCUGAAGGAUUGAAACUCCGGGCGUCUUCUCUAAAUAUCCAAGCUUCUUUCAGUUUUGUUAUUGCUACAACUUGUUUCAGUUUCUUCCAUUGAAUGUUGUAUUUGUUGUUCGAUUCCUUAUCCUAUUAUGGAGGAUGGCGGAGAGAGGUUUAAACUGAUUGGUGCAAACCAGUUUAUGAUCCGGUUUCGAUUCCUACUUGAGACUAUUUUACAUAUUUUGCCAAUAGCAACAACUUCUCCUUCACAUUUUUUUCUUUGGCAGCAAAUCGAAAAUGUCAUGUCUAUGUGAAAAAUCAAAAUGCAUUCGUUAUUCGCCUUUGGUUAUUUCAUAGUGAGCUUUUGCACGCGGUUCUUAUCUCGUUUGCUGAGGCAUAUCUAUUGACUUUUCCUCCGGUGUGUUUUAUAUAAAUCCAUCGGCAAAUAUCAACAUGACGUUUAACGAUUCGUUCGAAGAAGAAUAGAAAAACUAUGGUUCACAGUGCUUAGUUUUAUUGAGAAGUGAAAAUUUUGCUUCCCAGUACUCUACGACGGUAUAAUAUAAAGAGAAGGUAAAGGAUUUAAAGGAGAAUAUUAUAUACACUCAUAUAUGUACGCAUCCAAAUUAGCAGUGAAGUAUACUCACACACAUGCAUACAUACACAUACACAUACACCACACACACACAUACACAUACACAUACACACACACUUACAUACAUAUAUAUUCACCUGAACUGAAAAUCGUGUGUUUGACAGAGAAUGAGUGAGAAAAGAAAGAGAAAAUAAGAAUGAGAAUGAAUAUAAAAAUGAGAGAGAGAAAAGAGAACGGUCAUAUUUUAAAAAAGGAACAAAUAGUCUUCAAAAUCUUAUUGAAUAAAAGUAUCGCCAAAUUUAA